GCACGGGGCGGUCCCGCUCCUGCUGUGGGUGUGAAAACUAAUCAGAGGGUUUGAGUGGCAGCAGCUCUGGUUUCUUAGUAACAGCUUGGUAACAGACUGGACGGACUUUCUCAGGGAGAAAAUUCGUUUGUUUUUCGAACGCGACCAGAAUCGUGACGCGCGUGGCUGCGUCCUGAGGCAGUUUUUAAACGGGCGCCUGGACUUUGGCUCGGGUGCAGACGUUCAGUGGAAGCGGGGACCGGAGCUGUGCUAACACAGGCUACCUACCUAGCAGAGUUGGUAGCUCGGACCUAAAAAGUGCUGCAACAUCAGAAAACCCUCCUCCUCCGCCUCCCUCCGUAGAGAUCCCGGCCGCCUGGAAGGCAGGGACCCCGCGCGGCGGCACGGCGCUCCGCGUGAGCUUUGUGUGACCGUGAACUGAUAUGUUUGCUGGAAACUUGACACCAAACAAAGACUGGUGUUUGUUGUGCAUUGUGGUGCGUUCACGGCGCGAGUUCACAUCCGCUUCAGUGAUCCUGAACGCCUCACGCGCUCGGUAAAGUCAGGCGGCGGGCUUCUCUUCGCGGCGCAGCGGUGGUGCGGCUCGUCCUUCCGCGGGGAGGCCGGCAGACAUGUAGAGCGGGAGGGACGCUGGACGGAAGCCCGAACCCCGAAGGCGCUGCCACCCCGCGCCGCGCGCGCGUGCUUCAAGUGCCUAUGGCGGAGUCCGGGGAGCGCGCCAGCCCGCCUCCAGUCGGUGUCGGGGAGGCGGCCGUGCCCGGGGACGAGACAGCCGGCAAGGCGAACCGUGACGAGUCGGUUGUGAACGGGGACUGCGGGAUUUCGGACGUGAUGGUCGGCGCGGCGGAAGACGCCGCUGUGAGGCUGGACGCGAAGGCGGAGAUACCGCGCAGGAGCAGCAUCAUUAAGGAUGGCCGACAGCGUAAAGAAAGAAAGAAGACUGUGUCCUUCAGCAGCAUGCCCACAGAGAAGAAGAUUAGCAGGGCCAGCGACUGCAUCAGCGCCAUGGUCGAUGGCACAGAGCUCAAGAAAGUGAGAUCCAAUUCACGCAUUUAUCACCGCUACUUUCUCCUUGACGCCGACAUGCAGUCCUUGAGAUGGGAGCCCACCAAGAAGGAGUCUGAGAAGGCAAAACUUGACAUCAAGUCCAUUAAAGAAGUUCGAACAGGCAAAAACACUGACACCUUUCGAACUAACGGCACCUACGAUCAGAUAUCAGAGGACUGCGCUUUCUCCAUCAUCUUUGGGGAGAACUAUGAGUCUUUGGACUUGGUGGCAAACACGGCAGAUGUGGCCAAUAUUUGGGUGACGGGGCUGAGGUAUCUGAUCUCGUAUGGGAACCACACCUUGAAUAUGAUUGAGAGCAGUCAGAACAACAUGCGCUCAUCUUGGCUGAGUGACCUCUUUGAUGAGGAAGACAUUGACAACAGCAAACAAAUAACUUUAUGUGCCGCUGUGCAACUCAUUAAAAAGCUAAACCCAGGCAUCAAAAAUGUGAAAAUAGAACUGAAGUUCAAGGAGCUUCAGAAAGCGCAGGACAAAGCUGGUUCCAGCGUAAGGAAGGAAGAGUUCAUUGAAGUCUUUCACGACCUUUGCACCAGGCCAGAAAUUUACUUUCUCUUUGUUCAGUUCUCCAGUAACAAAGAAUUUCUUGAUACAAAGGACUUGAUGAUAUUUUUAGAGGCAGAACAAGGAAUGGCACAAGUCAGUGAAGACACCAGCUUGGAGGUCAUUCAGAAAUAUGAACCCUCUAAAGAGGGCCGCCUAAAGGGUUGGCUUUCUCUUGACGGCUUCUCCAACUAUCUCAUGUCUCCAGAGUGCCAUAUAUUUGACCCCGACCAUAAAUCAGUUUGCCAAGACAUGAACCAGCCUUUGUCUCACUACUACAUCAAUGCGUCCCACAACACAUACCUAAUAGAGGAUCAGUUUAGAGGUCCAUCUGAUGUGACGGGCUACAUCCGUGCUCUCAAGAUGGGCUGCCGCUGCGUGGAGCUAGAUGUGUGGGAUGGGCCCGAUAACGAACCGGUUAUUUAUACCGGACACACAAUGACCUCACAGAUCGUUUUUCGCAGCGUCAUUGACGUAAUCAACAAGUAUGCCUUUGUUGCCUCGGAGUACCCAUUGAUACUAUCUUUAGAAAACCAUUGCUCCUUAAAGCAGCAGAAAGUCAUGUUUCAGCAUCUGAAGAAGAUACUUGGAGAUAAGAUUUACACUGAUCCUCCAAAACCUGAGGACUGUUUCCUUCCGUCUCCCUCUGAACUGAAAGGAAAGAUCCUGCUGAAGGGUAAAAAGCUGGGCUCAGCCUGUAAUGCUACAGAGGGCGAGGUGACAGAUGAGGACGAGGGGGCAGAGAUGUCUCAGAGAGUGAGCAUCGAGUCGACAGAGCAGCAGAUUAUUGCACCCAAAAAAUUCCAGCUGUCCAAGGAUUUGUCUGAUCUGGUGACGUUGUGCAAAUCGGUGGAGUUUCAAGACUUUCCCUCGUCCUUCCAGAGUCAGAAGCAUUGGGAGCUCUGCUCCUUCAAUGAAGUGUUUGCCAGUCGAUGCGCUUGUGACUUUCCAGGGGACUUUGUCAAUUAUAAUAAGAAGUUCCUCGCACGGAUUUACCCAAGUCUAAUGCGGAUUGAUUCCAGCAACAUGAAUCCUCAAGACUUUUGGAAGUGCGGCUGCCAGAUAGUAGCGAUGAACUAUCAAACUCCCGGCCUGAUGAUGGAUCUAAACAUUGGCUGGUUCCGGCAGAACGGGAACUGUGGCUAUGUGCUCCGUCCAGCCAUCAUGAGAGAGCAGGUCUCAUAUUUCAGCGCCAACACAAAAGAUUCAGUUCCUGGUGUUUCCCCACAGCUGUUGCACAUCAAGAUAAUCAGUGGACAAAACUUCCCCAAACCUAAAGGCUCAGGUGCCAAAGGAGACGUGGUGGACCCUUACGUUUACGUGGAAAUACACGGCAUUCCUGCUGACUGUGGAGAACAAAGGACUAAAACAGUCAACCAGAACGGAGAUAAUCCUCUUUUUGACGAAAGCUUUGAGUUUCAGAUAAACCUUCCUGAGCUUGCAAUGGUGCGCUUUGUGGUACUAGAUGACGACUACAUCGGAGAUGAAUUUAUUGGCCAGUAUACAAUCCCUUUCGAGUGUCUGCAGCCAGGUUUCCGCCACGUUCCGCUCCAGUCUCUUACAGGAGAAGUUCUACCACACACCUUUUUGUUUGUCCAUGUGGCCAUUACAAACAGAAGGGGAGGCGGCAAGCCACAUAAGCGAGGUCUUUCUGUACGAAAAGGCAAGAAGAGCAGAGAGUAUGCUAGCAUGAGAGUGCUACAAAUUAAAGUUGUGGAUGAGGUCUUUAAAACAGCUCUGCUACCGCUGAGGGAGGCGACAGACCUCAGAGAAAACAUGCAGAAUGCCAUUGUGUCCUUUAAAGAGCUGUGCGGCCUUUCAGCAGUGGCCAACCUCAAGCAGUGCAUCCUGGCUCUUUCCCCUCGACUAACCGGACCGGACAACACCCCACUUCUGGUGUUCAACCUCAAAGACCAGUACCCUAACCUGGAGCCCCAAAGCCUGCUGUCAGAGGUCCUUAAAAAAGUAGUUACUACCUAUGAAAUGGUGAUUCAGACGAGCAAGGCACUGCUGGAGGGCUCAGACGGCGUGUACGAGAGGAUUCAGCAAGCUCAAAAAGCAGCCAUGGAGUUUCACGAAAACCUGCACGACCUGGCCGUGAAGGAGGGCUUGAAGGGUCGAAAGCUGCACAAGGCGGAGGAGAGCUUCACGUGGAACAUCACCAUCCUAAAGGGUCAGGCAGAUUUACUGAAGCAUGCCAGGAUUGAAGUCCAGGAGAACCUCAAGCAGAUCCACUAUGCUGCCCUCACCUCUAAUCUGAGUAAAGGAGGGUCAGUGGGCGGUUCGUCCGGUUCCUCAGAGUCCAGAAGCAGACGCAGUCUGGAGGUCAUCCCAGAAAAGGCCACGGCGGAGGAGGAGCUGACAGACGAGGACAGCUAGAGCCCAGCUCCUGACCUGCAGUCUGACCUUCCCUCCGCCUUCUGGGCUGUCAAAGCCCCUCGUCUUCACCCAGCUCUCAUCACACUUCCAGUAUUUUCCCACAUUCCAUCACUGCUGCGCAGCGCAGAACGUGAACUUCUCCCCCUCAAACUUCAUGCUCAUCAGUGAAAUGUCACAACAGCCACACGCCCGGACAAGUUUGGAAAACUUUGGUUUCUGAGCUCCGAGAUUGGAAAGAAGACCAGACGCGUGAAGGAUUUUCACGCAGAACCUCCAAGACUCUCUCUCCAUGGGUCCUGCUGCUCCACCGGCAGAGCCGACCAACUACCAGCUUCCAGACUGUUUGAGCCUUUGACCGACUGUUUUGACUUGUCCACUCAGAAGGAAACUAAAGCCUUGGGUUGUUGUAAGAAGUUCUGUAAAGCACAAUUUUCUGGAGCUACGAAUGUAAGAAAGCAGCAAAAACAAAAAAUAAAUCGCAGAAGAAAGCAAGAGUCAAGAGCUGUUUACAAACCUGGACUUUUCCUUGUUCUUGUCUGCCAAAAUAAGUAUACCGUCUGUGUAUAUAUGGACCUUCCCAUUACCUUUUUGUCUGACGAGUGCAUCGUUUUAUUGUAAACUUGGAAAUAUAAGAUUUAUUUUAUAAAAGAUGUAUGAACUCCGAGUGUGAAUGAGCAAAAGUGACUUUGUGUGUUGACAUGUGCAGGAGGUUCGUCUCACACCGAGACGCACCAACACCAGACAGAAUGUACAAGAGGAACCACGACUGGAUGCCUUUUCUGAUUUUGGGAUAUGAGCAAACCGUUGGUUUCUUUCGGAGUGCCACUGCUUCACUUUGUCUUUCAGUGACUGUUUUGUAAGGAAAUGUGCUCAGGUCUGAGAAGAUGGUUGAACAGCAGUGUUGGACACCAACUGAACAAACGGAAGACAAGCCCAGAUUUAUCCUCUCUUUUCCCACGUUUUAACUAAAGUCUUUGUUCAAAUUAGGACCAAAGUUCCUUCUGGGUUUCAUGACCAGACGCUGGAAGUUAAGGUCCCCUGUAAAAAAAACAGUUUAUAAAAACAUAAGGCACCAAUGGUUUAGCAAAGCAAAAUUAUAUUUUUAUUCCUUUUUUGAGCAUUAACGUUUCGAUCACAUACUAAUUUAUUGAGCUUUAAAAAUUGCACGAGAAAUCCCCCUUUAACAAUAUUUCUCUAAUGUUUGGGUUGGUUUAGUUUCAGGAGAAACAGCUUUUGAGAUUUUCAGAUAAUAACCUUUGAUUGUGCUUCUUGAAAUUUGAAAUGCCAUUUAGUCAGUAAUAAAUAAAAACAUUGCAAUAAAUACGGUUUUAAAGUAGCUAAAGUUCACAUAGCUCAACAGUUCUGGGUCUCACACUGCUCCUUAAUGAACGUUUGAUUAGGUUCAUUAUUUGGACUGCUGUAAGCAUUUAACCAACAACUUCAUAUGUUGGAGCAUUUCAAUUUUUCGGUUUUUAUCGGAAAGUGUCAUCAUUGGAAAUGGUUUAUUUUAAGCAAACAUAAUACAAAAACAAGACAAACAUUAUUAAUCUCAUAUCUACACAAAGAUAUAUCAGUCAUAGGAUAACUGGUCAUAAAUAUGCAUUCGUCCACAUUCAUUAGUAAAUCAUUCUACUACUCUUAAUCAGAAAUAAACAACUUUUUGCAUUUAGUUCAUGACACAAUGAAACUAUUAAAUGUUAGGGCUGCACGAUAUGAGUACAACUCGCGAUUUGCGAUAUCAGUGAUCAAUAUUGCGAUGACGAUAUAACUUGCGAUACAUUAACAAAUAGGAAACUAACUAAAAAAUAAAAACUAACUAAAAAGAUUAUUUCCAUUUCAUUGCAACAGUUUAAUUUAAAUAAGAGUCAACAUAAAAACUGAUACUCCUGAUGACCCUCGUCUACAAAGGCGAACAUCUAACAUAAAAAGGCUCCCUCUGAUAGGUCAAAUGCAUAAACGGAUUUAUUUGAUUCAUUCAAUACUUCAAGCUGCCAAAAGUUUGUUUCAGCACAUUUAAGGGAACCAUUUCUUGCAAUUUCCGCCGUCUUUUGUGAUAUGCAUAUUGCACAGCUUGAUAUUGCAAUGACCAUAAAUUUGCGAUAUAUUGGGCAGGCCUAAUUAAGAUUUUCAAAAAUCCUACUGAUCAUCACGAAUCGUUCAUUUUCAAUUGAUGUUCAGAGUUUAUGCUUUUUAAAGGCAAGUCAACCUGUUUCAGCAUGAUGCUGCUAUGAAAGCAGUUUAAAAAUCCUUCCACUCAAUCUUAGUUUACACUUGAAAUAAUAAACAUAAAAAACCUCAAGUAUAAUCGGGAAAAGUAUGAAAAUGACACUAAACAAAUGCUAAAAUAAAUCUGAGAAACCUCUGAUGAAGGCAGCAAUUACAAUGGACAACACUUAACACACAAAUUAAAAUGGCUUUAAUAAAAGAAGUAUACUAAAAAGGAUCAUUGAAAUGCUGUAGCGAUCCAAAGAAAAAUACUUCAUCAGAAAAAUACAGCAGGAAAAGUCCUAAAUAUGUAUAGAAACUUAUAAUCUCAAAGUAGUCCAAUGAAAUUGAAAAUAGCCCAAAAUUCUACAUAAAAAAAAGAAAAAAUCCAAAGAAUUCAAUUGAGCACUACAAAAAUUGUCUGAAAAUUCAAAGACAAGUUAUCCUAAUAAUGGUUAAAACUGCUAAAUACACUGUAGAAAGUGUUUGGUAACCUAAAGAGAGAUGCAAGUGCUUCACAAUUAUGAUGGUCAAUAAUAUAUUAAAAUCAAAUCAAAAAAACUCCAGAAAAUGAUGAAGAAUGCUAAAAUGUCACCGUUCCUGAAAUGCGAUCUCGUUCCUGUUUGACCUGUAACCUGAAAACUGUGGAACUGCUAGGCUACAAAGUUUCUGUAACGUCUUCAGCCAUCCUGCUGCUUACAGCCCCUCUCCGAUCAUCUUUUGAUCCAUUUCCAAAUCGUUCCCAGUGCUCUUUUAAUUUUGAUAAUGCCGCUUUUAGCCAAAAUCUAAAGAACCCGUGUCAUUUUCUAGGACAUCGUUUCUGCAGAGCGGCAGGAUUUUGUUAGAAAUUCGCCUCCGAGUUGUGGGCAGGACGCUUGGCAUGGUGUAAACCCACCCACACUUCCCAUCAUCCCUUUGUUUAAACUCUCUCCUGCUAGCUUACUGUCCCCUCACACCCCCAACAUGACAUUAGCGGUGCAACAAAAAUGGUGAGGGAUUUUGGAACCUUGCAGCAGUGUAGUCGUCUACAAGUGGAUGCAUCAGCAUGGAGCGGAGCGGGGAGCCUGUGGCUUGCCGAUUGUAGCAGCUGCAUCACUGCUACAAUGUUUCUCUAAAGGGAUUUCUUCAUCCGUUCCUGAUUCCCAACGCUUUCAAUAAAAAAAUACUCUGAAAUGUAAUUUUUAGCUUACUUUUCAUCAUAUGUGUCCUCCAUCAUCCUGAAAAUGUCCCGUUAAAAUCAUCAUCAUUUUCAUUGCAGUGGGUCUUUAAACAAGAGUGUCUGAGCCAAGAGCGACAUCGUACUAAAGUUAUUAUGUGAGAAAAAAAACUCAAAAUUUUAAUAGGUAAACACGGCACUUUCUGCAGUUCAUCACAAGUCUCAAUGAUGAUAAAAAAAUAAUCGUACUGCCUUAAAAAUCUUUUCCUCAUUUCUCAAAGCUCCCUAAAGUAUAAACAUUCAAGUUUACCCGUUGAACUUAGGCGCUGAUGUAUUUGUGUUGAAACAGAUUUAUUGAUUACAUGGCAUUCCCAAACGGUGCUGUGUUUUUACUAAAACUCCACAUCAGCACAUUUUUCACAGAGUGGGCCUGACUGAAGAGCGGAUGAGAGGAUCGUCUGACGGCAGAUGUGAUUAUGACACAGACCUCAGCGGCUCUCCCUCUUCACCCUGAAUGUCGGCUAUGUUUGAGGUGACUUCCUCCUCCAGAACCUUCAGUGCUGUGCUUUUUGUUUUUGUGUGUGUUUUUCAUUUUGCUCAUUUCCUGUAACAAGCGCAAGAAUGUCAGUGCUUUACCAGUGGACGUGUCAAGUGUUGUUGGCAAACAGGAGAAUUUCAGUUGUUCUUUCAUCCAUCAAAUAAAAUCGAUCUCAAAUUUUA